AUGUCUUCUUUCCUGCAGCGACUGGAAGUCCCCCAUCCGCCUGGGCAGCCUCGCCCGACAUGGCUGCUGAACAACGACAUCAAGCCCAUCGAAAAGGCCCGGCGCACAUGGAGCUGGUAUGAGUACUUCUCGUUCUGGUGCGUUGGUGCUUUCAAUAUCACCAAUUUCCAGCUGGGCUCUGCUCUUCUUGCAACAGGCCUUAACUGGUGGCAAACGACGGUUGCGACUCUAAUUGGCCAUAUUCUGGCUGCUGUGCUCAUAGUCAUCACCAGCUUUCCCGGACUCGAAUAUCACAUCUCAUUCCCGGUUGCUAUGCGCAUUAGCUGGGGUUUCUAUGGAUCUACAUUUGUUGUUCUAAACCGCAUUUUACUCUCGAUUGUCUGGUUCGGCGUCCAGUCAUGGCAGGGCGGGCAGAUGGCAUACGUCUGCAUCCGUGCCAUCUGGCCCAGCAUCGACCGCAUACCCAACACCAUUCCCGCUAGUACCGGCAUGACACUGCCCAUGUUCGUUGGAUUCAUCAUCUUUUCGCUCAUACAAAUCCCGUUCUUGAUUCUCGGCCCUGGCCGGCUGAGGUACAUGCUACAUGUCGGUGCCAUCGGCGGCUUUAUCUGCCAGCUCGUCCUUGUGUCCUGGGCUGGCGGCACCAAGGGCUCGCAGGGCUUUGGAGAGAUUCUUGAUAGCACAAACAAACUCAGUGGCAGCAAUGCAGGCUGGAUGUUCCUCCUCGGCAUUGGCUCAACCAUGUCCAGUAUCACUGCCGGUACCCUCAGUAUCGGUGACUACACUCGGUUUGCCAAAAAACCGUCUGACGGAAUCUGGUCCCAGGCAAUGGGAGCAUUUCCCGUCUGGUUAGCAAAUGUCAUAGGCAUGUUGACCAUCGCAGCAACUCAGAAGCGCUUCGGAUCUGCUCUAUGGAGCGUUGCCAGCCUGUUAAUGGCCAUCCAGGACGCUGAUCCCAGCUCCAAGACCCGUGUCGGUAUCUUCUUCUGCGCCUUUGUGUUUGGCAUCACACAGCUAGUACUCAAUAUCUCGGGCAAUUCCUUCUGCGGAGGCACCGAUAUGUCCGCGUUGUUCCCGAAGUACAUCAAUAUCCGACGUGGACAAGCCCUGACUGCUAUUCUCGGCACCGUGAUCAAUCCCUGGUACCUUUUGAGCGGUGCUAUUGUUUUCAUCUCGGUGCUGUCUUCCUACGUUGUCUUCCUACAGCCAUUCGUCGGAAUUGCCGCAGCCCACUACUUUAUCAUCCAAAAACGACGAAUCAAGGUACCGGACCUUUAUAUUACCGGAAACCAGUCUAUAUACUGGUAUGACUUUGGUGUGAACUGGAGGACAGUCCUUGCGUGGCUCGUCGGAGUAAUUCCUCACUUGCCCGGCAUGGUACACUCAGUGAACCCAAAGCUCCCCGUCACGGAUGGCGCAUCUCACCUCUAUUAUAUUGCCUCCAUAACCGGUUUCUUUAUCCCCUUUACCGUCUCGAUUGCGCUUGAUUAUCUUGUACCCGUCAAGGCGCAGAAAGAUUUCAUCCAGUCCGUGUCUAUACGGGAAGCUCAAGACAUCGCCAGCGAGAUGGCUGAGUCAAACGAGAAGUCUGCCGAUGGUGCAGCGCAUCUCAAUACAGACAGGGAGAGCAGUGUUGAGCACAAGAUUCCGGAGACCAAUUCACACUCUGUCUAA